CAGCCCCUUUUUUUAUAUUUAAUUUUUUAUUUUAUUUUUUUUGCACACGUAUUUUUUUUAAAUAAUAAUAAAACAAUGGUUUAUCCUCACAAUAAUAGUUUAUAUAAUUAUUUGAAUAAUAACGACAACUAUGGAAUUCCAAUUGCAGCACCUCAUGGUCGAGAUGUUGAAAUGACAGAAGCUUCUUUGGUGAAUGAACGACCCAACAAGUUGCGAUCCAAACGUAUUUUACACUACCGCAGCAUGGAACCAGAAAUUAUAGAAUGGAAUAUGAAAAAAGAAAAGAGACUAGAUUUUACGUCGAUAUUGCCAUUUGAACUUUGUUUACAAAUCAUCUCAUUACUUGAUUUCAACACACUUUUAUCUGUUCCACUUGUGUCAAGACGAUGGGCAAGUCUGUUCUAUCAAGACGAACUGUGGAAGAUAAAGAUGGUGGAGAACAAUUGGAGAUUAAAAAUUCCAACCAAUGUAACACUAACCGAAGAAGAACAAAGCUGGUAUUACUGGUAUAAACAGAGACAUCAGCUGGAGACAAGAUGGAAUACAGGCAAAGUAGCAUCCCAUUAUUUAAUGGGCCAUAAAGACGGUGUUUAUUGUAUUCAGUUUGAUGAUGACAAAAUAAUCACUGGCAGUCGAGAUAAGACGAUCAAGAUAUGGGAUCCACAGCUCUAUCAAUGCAUAUACACAUUGGAAGGACACGCAGGUAGUGUUUUGUGUUUACGGUAUGAUGAUGAGAUCAUUGUCUCUGGUUCAUCUGAUACAACCGUCAUUGUCUGGGAUAUGCGAACAAAGCGUAUUCGAGCGAGACUGCAUGGACACACUGCUGGUGUAAGUGAUGUUGCAUUUGAUGAUCGGUACAUUAUUAGCUCAUCCAAGGAUACGAGCAUACGAGUGUGGGACCGGAAAACAUUUCAGCCUAUUCGAAUGAUCGUAGGACACCGAGGUGCCGUCAAUUCAAUUCAAAUUCACGGAAACUAUCUAGUUUCUGCUUCCAACGACACAUUAAUCAAAUUGUGGGAAAUAUCAAGUGGCAAGAUGAUUCGAGAAUUCGUGGGUCAUCAUCACGGAUUAGCUUGUGUACAGUUUGAUGGCAGACGAAUUGUGAGUGGCUCAAGCGAUCAUACCAUCCGAGUAUGGGAUGCAGAGACCGGUCUGUGUACAAUGAUAUUUGCUGGUCAUUCAGGUCUCGUCAGAAACUUACGGUUGCUUGGCAACAGGGUUGUGAGCGCAAGCUAUGAUCAAACAGUCCGUGUUUGGGAUAUAAAUUCAGGAGCAUGCUUACUCAACUUCCAAAGUGGACACUCCAGUUGGAUCUUUGACGUUCAUUUUGAUAGAAAAAAAAUUAUUAGCACAAGUCAAGAUCGCAAAAUAUUAAUCAUGGAUUUUGCUCACGAACUCAAUACCAAAUGUCUUGAUUUAUAGUCGUUCUUGUAUUAUAUUCUUUGUAUAGCUUGCAUUUCAGUAUCAUUUAAUUCAUUUAAUCGUAAUUGCGCUUGACGGUUUGAACCGAUAAAAGAAGGGUAACCAUGGAUACCAUUGAUCAUCCAUUUGAGAGACGCAUGUUUAUGUAAUACAAAAUAUCCCUUUGUCUGUGCUUUUGUACGACAUAUCUGUAACCAUCUGGUGAAAUAGGUCCACUAAACUUUUUUCCAUUUUCCACUGUCGUUUUGGUUGCCUCCUUAUUUUAUAUCUCGAUAAUAAGUUGUCAUACAAUUAAUAAGACCAUAAGAAAAGGAAAAGUAAAGGCGAC